ACUGAAAGUGAAAACGAAAUGUAUUGAAAAAAAAUACAUGGCGUUCAUUAAAAUGUGGAAGCGCGACAUCUUUUUUGAAAUUUUGAGUGCGAAGCGUACCUAGUGCAUGUUGUGCUUUAUAAUUAUUAAACGAAUGACAAAAUUUUACUUGCAAAGCCAUUUUGUAACUUGCAAUCAAAGCUUUUUGGAAAUUUUCAAAGGGGAUAUAGAAAAUGAUUGAUUUCCAAUCUGAAUCCAAUGCAGAUGCCUGGGAGCAUCACACCGCGUAAAAUUGGUUGGGUUUGCAGAUAUUCUUCCAGCGUCGGAUUGCAGAAAAAAUAAAUUUCGCGACUUUGACGGAAAAUGCCAAUAAAUGUGCGGCAACCUUCGCGCAAAAAAUAAAAUUAUAAAUUAAUGUUGGAGAAACUCUUAUCUGCUGUCCACCCUUGAUUUAAGGCGCCCUCCUUAAAUUUUAUUGCAUAUUGCUUCAAUGGUGCUAUCAUUUAUUAACGCUUUAAAAUGGGACUUUUAUAUGCGAGGAGUAUCCCAAUGAUACGAAUGAAAAUAUAAAAUUUGAGCUUGCAAUAUGUUGUAAAUAUGUCCAAGGAUUCCUCCCACUAAAUUUUGGGACUUUUCAGCCACUAGGCAGUGUGACCAGAUGAUCGCAAAAAGCGAAGCUAAAUUCGUUUUUAAAAAAGGUUAGAAAAAGUUGUACGCUAUGAAAAUUGAAGUCAGAAGGAAGUCAGUAUAUUCAUUCCUUAAAAACAUGCAUACUUCAAUAUAUCCAAAAAGAAGUUCAGUUUAGGAUAAAAAUAUGCAAAAAUUUCAAAAUUUUCUACAUGAGAGCACAGAAGUAGUACGCCAACAAAUCAAAUUGUAAAAAACCGUUUUACAGAUAUGUAAAUUCUUAGUAUUAUUUUUUAAAAACGGUAAAUAGUAGUAGUAGUAGUUUUAUAAAUAUUAAAGCUUUUUAGUAAGCUUAGGUACUUAGUUUUAUAGUUCUGGUCUGAAUUUUGUUAUGGAUAUUUUCAGUAAAAAAGGACGGAAAAAAAGUCACUAAGUCAGUAGUGCGAUUCCCAUUUUUCUUAACGACAAAUCGUUAGCUAACGAUUCCGACAAGUUUCGUUAACUGCUAUUCCCAAGCACACUUUUAGCGAAUAUUGUCAGCAGCUUUGACAGUUGUCUAACGAAAUUUGUCGAUAGCCUAGCUACGAAUAUUUUGUCGUUGAAAAGCCUAACGAUAAAAUUGGUUUAAGUUUUUAUUGAGAAAAAUUAGGCGAAAUUCAUCGGUAAGCAAACUAUUAUAAUAAAAAAUUAUAAAUUCGUUUAUAAAAAAUACAACUUUUUAGAAAACGACAAUGGCGUUCCAGUUUCUUGGAUACGAUGCGGAAAUGGCCCAACAACGACAAGGAGCAAGGAGUUUUGCAGCAGAACGCGCUCUACUAAGAGAAGUGGACAGCCCCUUUGAUUUGGACGAGGGCCAAUUUAAAAGGUUAUUCCGGCUGACCCCCAAUCUUGUUUAUGAAAUCAUAGACAAAAUUGGCAGUCGUCUUGAAGCAUUAUCGGCUGAAAAACAGGUGCUUGCAGCGCUUCGUUUUUAUGCGACCGGCUGCUACCAACGGCCAGUGGGAGAGCAAUGGGGACUCUCAAUGAGUCAGUCUUCCAUUAGUCGUUCAAUUCAUAGGGUAACUGAUGCCAUAAAUGAAACUAUGUUUAUGGAAAACGUACGUUACCCGAUGGCGGUAGUUGAACGACAGGUUGCUCGAAGUAUUUUUUCAGCAGCGCGUGAGCCUUUUGAUGGCGCUAUUGGUGCAAUUGAUUGCACGCACAGGCCAAAAGAUCAUGAGGAGGCAUACAUUAAUCAUCACGGCUAUCACUCGAUAAACGUUCAAAUGGUGUGUGAUCCGAACCUCAAAAUUUUGAAUGUAAAUGCGAGAUUUCCCGGUGCACGUCAUGAUGCAUAUAUAUGGAAUGCAUCCGCUGUUCGGAGAGCAAUGAAGCGAGCGUAUGAUCGGGGAGACCAUAACACAUUUAUAAUAGGAGACUUGGGUUACCCAUUAGAGCCAUGACUGAUGACACCUCUAUCAAACCAGAGAGAAGGUUCACCGCAAUUUCGAUACAAUGAGGCUUUAUGUAAAGCAAGGAACUGUGUCGAACGACUAUUUGGAGUUUUAAAGGGAACAUGGCGAUGCCUUUCGAAGCAGCGAGUACUUAUCUACGAGCCAGGCUUCGCUGGCAGGAUUGUAAACUCCUGCGCAGCUCUGCAUAAUAUGCGACUCAACACAGUUGAAAACAACAGCGAUAUGCAAAGUGAAGAUCAAAUUGUGGAAGCAGUUUUAGAAGAAGAUUGGGAAGAAUCCAUUCACCCAUCAGCUCUCGCCAAGAGAAUGCAUGAGCGCCUUAUAGCUGCUAAAUUUACUUAGAAAAAAUCAACUAAUAAAUAUUUAUCACAUACAUACAAACAUACAUAUGUGCUUUUUAUUAUUACAUUUUAUUUAUUACACCACUUAGGCAAAGGUUUUGAUAGUUGAUCUUGCCUAAUUGCGGCAUUCUAAAUUCAAUGGAUUCUCCCGUUCUAUCAGAUUGGCUCCAGUUUUCGAGAUAACGGUACUUGAAAAUUUGCUUAAAUUGUUUCUAAAUAACACUUAGUGUUUGUGUUAUUUUA